AUGCAGAGUCAGCGCGGUAGCGCGCCGCUCGGGCUCGCUGCCCCCGCCGCGCCGCACAUUGGUCGUAUGCUGGCCGAGGGCCUCCGGCCGGGCGCGCUCGAGCUCGCCGCGGCGAUCAGGUCGGCCACAGCCGUCCCGGGCGGCGGCGGCGGCGCCCUCGCGAGGUGCCUCCACGGGCUCGCCGUGAAGGCCGGGCGCGUGGCGAGCAGCGCGACGGUGGCGAAGGCGGUCAUGGACGCGUACGGGAGGUCCGGGUCCCUCGCGGACGCCCUCCUGGUGUUCGACGAAAUGGCGCGCCCCGACGCGGUGUGCUGGAACAUCCUCAUCACCGCGUGCUCUCGCCGUGGGCUUUUCGAGGACGCUUUUGUUUUGUUCCGGUCGAUGCUCUCCUGUGGCGUAGUGGGGCAGAGCAUGCCGACCGCAGUGACAGUGGCUGUAAUUGUUCCGGCGUGCGCAAAGUGGAGGCAUUUGCGGACCGGCAGAAGCGUCCAUGGCUACGUGGUGAAAACUGGUUUGGAGUCAGAUACUCUCUGUGGAAAUGCAUUGGUGUCAAUGUAUGCAAAAUGUGGUGGAAGCAGGGCAAUGGAUGAUGCACAUAGAGCGUUUUCUUCUAUUCGCUGUAAAGAUGUUGUUUCAUGGAAUUCGGUCAUCGCAGGGUACAUAGAGAAUCGGUUAUUUCAAGAGGCACUUGCGCUGUUCAAUCAGAUGAUCUCACAUGGAUCUCUUCCAAAUUAUUCAACAGUGGCUAUUUGGGAGUAUAAUGGGAAAGAAGUGCAUGGUUUCGUGGUCAGGCAUGGUUUGGAAAUGGAUGUAUCUGUUUCUAAUGCACUGAUGACACAUUAUUCCAAAGUGCUUGAAAUGAAGGCUGUAGAAUCAAUAUUUGCAAGUAUGGAUAUGAGGGAUAUCGUAUCAUGGAACACCAUUAUUGCAGGAUAUGUGAUGAAUGGGUAUCACUAUAGAGCAUUGGGCCUGUUUCAGGGGCUUCUGUCUACAGGAAUUGUUCCUGAUUCUGUUUCUUUUAUCAGUCUGCUCACUGCUUGUGCUCAAGUAGGUGAUGUCAAAGCAGGGAUGGGGGUUCAUGGUUACAUCCUUCAAAGGCCAGUACUUCUUCAAGAAACAUCCUUAAUGAAUGCUCUUGUCACCUUUUAUAGUCACUGUGAUAGGUUUGAUGAUGCUUUCCGUGCUUUCACCGAUAUUCCGAACAAAGACUCAAUUUCAUGGAAUGCACUUCUCUCUGCUUGUGCCAACAGUGAACAGCAUAUCGAGAAGUUCUUUGUACUGAUUAGUGAAAUGUGCCGUGGGGUAAACCAGUGGGAUUCAGUCACAGUCUUGAAUGUUAUACACGUGAGUACCUUCUGCGGGAUUAAGAUGGUCCGUGAAGCUCAUGGGUGGUCCCUACGAGUUGGUUAUACAGGUGAAACUUCAGUAGCAAAUGCUAUUCUGGAUGCUUAUGUGAAGUGUGGCUACUCACACGAUGCAUGCAUACUUUUCAGAAACCAUGCUGGGCGGAACAUUGUAACUGACAAUAUAAUGAUUUCUUGCUACCUGAAAAAUAACUGUAUAGAGGAUGCUGAGGUGAUCUUCAACCAUUUGGCUGAGAAAGACCUGACUUCAUGGAAUUUGAUGAUCCAGUUGUAUGCGCAGAAUGACAUGGAUGGUCAAGCUUUCAGUCUGUUUAAUCACUUGCAAUCUGAAGGCUUGAAGCCUGAUAUUGUUAGCAUUGCAAACAUUCUUGAGGCUUGCAUCCAUUUGUGUUCUGUACAGCUUGUGAGACAAUGCCAUGACUACAUGCUCAGAGCAUCCCUAGAAGACAUCCAUCUUGAAGGAGCUCUUGUUGAUGCAUACUCAAAGUGCGGCAACAUAACCAAUGCAUAUAACAUCUUUCAGGUCAGCUCAAAGAAGGACCUUGUCACAUUCACUGCCAUGAUUGGAUGUUAUGCGAUGCAUGGAAUGGCAGAAGAGGCAGUAGAGCUGUUCUCUAAAAUGCUUAAACUUAACAUUAGGCCAGACCAUGUAGUUCUGACCACGCUCCUGUCAGCAUGCAGUCACGCAGGGCUGGUUGAUGCAGGAAUCAAAAUUUUCAAGUCCAUCAGAGAGAUUCACAGAGUUGUAGAGACAGCAGAACACUAUGCGUGUAUGGUUGACCUUCUUGCUCGUAGUGGACAUCUCCAAGAUGCAUAUAUGUUUGCCUUGGAUAUGCCCCCUCAUGCAGUCAAUGCCAAUGCAUGGAGCUCCCUGCUAGGGGCAUGCAAGGUCCAUGGAGAGAUCGAAAUUGGCCAACUCGCUGCUGAUCAGUUGUUCUCAAUGGAAGAGGGGACAUUGGGAACUAUGUCAUUAUGUCAAACAUCUAUGCAGCUGAUGAGAAAUGGGAUGGUGUUGAGCAUGUCCGGAAACUGA